CCGACUCAAUUAGAAGCUGUGACCACCCGCCAAGAGAUGAUCACAUUUUCUCCGCAUUCCCAACUCCAAUUCCGCAACACGAUUCUUUCCCUUCUCUCUCCAACAUCGCCCAAUUCGAAUUCUCUCUCAAAAUGACAUCCAAACCCCCUCUCACCAUCCUAACACGACUCACCUCCCAAGUCCACAUCAGCGCAACCCCGCCACCAAGAUCUCUCGCCGAAAGCAAGCAGAUCUUUGCCGCGCUACAGGGUUUCGGCGAGAUAAUCAGCUUCCGGAAUCUCAAGUAUGACAUCCGCAACGACACCGAACGCGAACGCCCCCUCAUCGCCAUGUUCGACACCAGCGAUGCCGCCGAGCGCGCAAUCGCCGCGUCCCCCUUGACAAUUACCCUCCCUACACCAACACCACCAGCAUUCUCACCAAAUCCCUUUGCCUCGUCAACCUCACCCACCUCAUCUCCAACCCUCUCCCCAUUAUCAUCUUCAUCCACCCCACAAACAAUAACAUGCACCCUCUCCCCCUCCCGGCACAACUACGAACGCUCCACCCGCCGCAACCCGUUCUACAACAUGUUCCACAUCGACAAAACCAGCGCGAUAUACGCGGACAUGCGGAGCGAAGAAACGGGGACGCCGCUGGCGGAAUUGGCGGAUGUUUUGAUGCGGAGUAAGGGGGGUUACGUUUGCGACGCAGCGGUUUGGGACGAGGGUGCAUGCGCAACGGUUGGGGGCGGAUAGUUUGAUGGGGC